CGCGGGAAGUUUUGCCGCCAUAUGAGACUAGAAAAAACUCCAUUUCCCAAAAUUAUAAUUCAAACUCAUUCUCUCUUUCUCUCUGCAGUUUCUCAUCGACCCAUUAAUCAUCCAUAGCCAAGACAUGGACACAUCAAAUCCUGCAGUCUUUGUAAACGCUGAGUUCCUCAAGGAGCAUGUAGGACGGAAAGUUCGAACAGUGGUUCAGGUUAUGCAAUCUGAUGAUGAUAAAGUCAUUGGAAAAUCCACAGAUGAAAAACAGCUAAUUGUGAAAGGAUAUCCACCUAAUGCUUUAACAACUUUUGUUGAAGUAAUUGGUAUUGCUGACACUAUCCAGUCUAUUCAAGCAGAAACUUGGACCAAUUUUGGUGAUACAUUUGAUGUUAAUAGCUAUGACAAGGUUUGCAGACUGGCAAAUGGUGACCAUAAGCACUUGUUUAUCUGAGGAUUGACAAUCGGAUGCUAUAAAAGAGGAUAUUUAUACUCUUAUUUCUGCUGCAUUCUUCCAGAGUUUCAAUGUAUUAUAAUAGUUUGAAGUACUUUUGAAACUUUAGACCUUCACCUUCUGUUUUAGGUAGUUCAUUAGAAGUUAAGCUUUUGCUAGAUGGAAACUUGUUAUCUUCAACUUGUGCUAUUUGGUAUUUUGAACACUAAUAUAUGUGGUUCUGCUA